CUCCCGCUUUGCUAUUCAUCCCACACCUUCUCCAUCGCACUAGCCAGUCUCUUCACUCACGCACACAGUAGUACUACAGCAACAAAAUAUGUAUUUCGCCACUUCUCAACUCCCCCACUCACCACCGUCGCCAUCGCUGGAACCACCGUUAACAUGCGCACAAGGCCAUAGCUCGACUAUGAUUAUCCCAACUGAUGAAGGCGGAUCAAUUUGUCUGCUCUGCUUGUCUAAUCUCAUUUCCAAUCCGAGAUCGCCGACCGUUCACGUGUCCUACGCUCUCUCUCAGUUAUCUAUCGCGCUUUUCCAACCGAGUUUCCGCCAAACCUUCUUCACAUUCCACUCUCAUUUCCUAAUCUCGCCUCUCGUCGGUGUUCUAUCUUCCUUCUAUGAUGAACCCAUAGCCAAGCAAACUAUGGAUUUGAUUAUGCAGUUGUGUGAAGCUCCAGACUGCGAUGUGCAUGCAGAGUUUGUGGCUCGGCUAGCAGAUCGCCUUUCCAGCGGCUCUUUAGCUUGGAGUCAGAGACAGCUCCACUCGCUUCACUGCUUAGGUCUUCUCUUGGAUUACCAAAAAAACCAUUCCUAUUGUCUCGAAGAAACGGAUGCCCUCAUUUUCAAUCUCGUCAGCGGCCUUCAAUUGUCCAGUGAAGAUAUUCAGGGGGAAAUCCUGUUUGUUCUAUACAAAUUAUUCCUACUCAAUGGGUCUCAAGACGGUGAAGAUCCUCCUAGUUUAUUUGGUCAUUUCUCGAAGCUCCUAGACUUAGCACUGGCAGUUCUCAUGAAAGCUCAAAGUGAUGAUGUUCGCUUAAACUGUAUAGCAUUCUUAACAGUAAUGAUGCAAAGAGGAUUCUUUCAAACUACUUCUAUAAUUGGCACAAGGAGCAGGAGUUCUUAUGAUGUUGACCACUUGAUGGAAACAAAUGAGCAGAUAUCAGAUGGGCCUCUAGCUAUCUUGUUUGCAGAGGCAGUCAAAGGCCCACUGCUUUCUUCUGAUAAUCAAGUUCAAAUAGCAGCGCUAGAUUUACUUUAUCUUUAUCUGUCGGGGAAAGAUGUCUUAGAAAAUGAAAUCCAAGUAUUUGUUGAAGAGAACAUUGCAGACUAUGCGUUUGAAGUGCUGAGGUUGUCAGGAUGCAAAGAUCCAACAAUUAAAUCUUGUAUUCAGCUUCUUGAUAUUUUAGCAACUGCUGAGCAAGCAUUUAGACAGAGACUUGCAAUUGGGUUCAUGGCCCUGAUUCCAGUUCUGCAUCAUGUUGCUGAAAUUCCUUUCCACCCUGUACAGACUAAGACACUCAGGCUUAUUUGGAACUCUGUGGAGAACUGCCCAGGGGUGGUAUCCAAGUCUCAGGUAGAAGAAAUAAGCCUUUCAUUGACAGGAAUGCUCAAGAAAAAUCUUGACGGAGAAAUAGGCAUGCUUCCAGAGACAUUAGCUCUGGUCUGUUCAAUAUUUGUUGCACUUAUGAAAUGUUCAUCUACCUGUGGGAUUUCAAGUUUCUCACUAACAAUUCAGGAUGCAUCAAGAAAUUGCAUCUUAACUUCUUUAAUUAAUUAUGGCAAAUACCCGGGUCAACUUUUGAACUCUCUUUACCUACUGAAAGAGGCAUAUUCAUAUAGUUUUGGGAUGAAUUCCUCAAGCUCAAUGAACACAGAUCUUAGAAGAAGCAUUAUAGAUGUAUGCAAAACACAUAUAUUACCGUGGUUUAUGAAAUCCCUUCAUGAGAUGGAAGAUGAGGAUAUUCCAGCUGCAAUACUUGAAAAUUUCUAUUCCAUAUUGCUACAAGAUUCAGAAACCGAAACCAAAAUAUUUGCAAAUGUUCUGCUCACAUCUUCCUGGUUCAGUUUUGCAUAUGGAUGUUUAGGCCUUUUCCCUUCUGAAAAGAUGAAAAGGAAUGUUUAUCUUAUCUUUAGUGUGAUGACAGAUAUCAUUCUUGGGGUUGAUUCUGCGCGGUGCAUUAGCGAUGCUGCUCCACAUCUUCCAUCUGAUCCUAUAGAUUUGCUUUUCCUUUUGGGCCAUAAAAGCUCCCAAAAUGUUGAAUUGUCUUCUCGGCAACUGGCAGUUCUGUUGUUACUGUACAUCAGCUCACUGUAUGACGAUCGAAUUGCAGAUGAUAAGCUUGUGUUAGCUUCAUUGGAGCAAUAUAUUCUACUUAACAGCAGCGAAAACAUGCAUGGAGCUUCUGUUUUGGGAAUAUUUAUGGGAAUAUUUAUAAAUCUUUAUGCACUAUACAGAGGUUUAGCCAAGGUGAGCUACCAAAUCCCCUACAGCCCAGAGGCUGAAAGGAUUGUGUUCCACCUACUUGCGGAAAAGGGCUGGGAUUUGCUAUCUACUAGAAUCCACGUAACAUCUUUGAAAUGGUUGUUCCAACAAGAGAAAAUCUGCAACGUGUUGUCUGCCCAGAUUUUGAAAUUUUGCAGAUGCAAUUGCUCCACCAUAAACCAGAUAAAUAUCCAUGGUGAAGCCAAUCAGAAGAUAGAUGUGUAUGUUAUGACAGAACUUGUAGCUUUGGGGGAUAACUUUUUAGGUAUGCUCAUGGUGUUUCUAUUGGGAGAGGCUGGAGAACAAUAUUCCGAGUAUGACAUUGUUUCAGUGGUGAAUACCAUAAAACGUAUAAUAGAAAUCUCACCUAGUACUUCAGAUCAAUUCUGCAUGCACGGGAUAGCUACUGCAAUUAAGAACCUUUACUAUAAGUUUGGUCAUUCUUUAUCCCCAGAUACUUUCAUGUCAAUCUCUGAACUAGUAUCCUGCAUUCUUCAAGCAGUACACUCUGAAUUCCUCUCUGAUGAUGAACCCUGGGUUGCAAUUGUGGUGAAAAUUAUCGACUACCUGAUCCCCUCAGUAGCUGCAGAUGGAUGGACACCAGGAACUCUUGUAUCAAUUGGCAGUCUUUCUAUGGUUUUGCAUCACUCAGUGAAUCAAGUGAUGGUUGAAGCUUCGAAAACCAUAAUCCUUAGUACUCAUUUGCUAUCAUUGGUUAAUACCACUAUCGCCAAUGCCUGUUCCAAAGGACCUUCACUUGUUGAACAAGACGAAGGAACAAGAUCUGUAGAAGCUCUUGUUUUUGUGCUUUCACUUCUUUUCUUCUCUUUGAGAAGUGCACAUGCCAUUUUACCGGGGAUUAUGGACUUCCAAUAUCUGCUGGAUCCUACCAACAUACCACAACCCUGGCCUUAUAUUAGUAUACAGUGCCACGAUUUGUGCAAGUUAUUGCAUUUUGGAUCUAUUCCUAUUAAGUUACUUAGCUCGCAAUACCUUCUGGAGUUAUUCAGCGGAAUAGAAGACGAGAGAAGUAGAAAAUCAGACACAUUAGAAUUCAGAACUAAUUAUUUGUCGUCUAUAAUGGCUGUUUUAGAAGGCCAACUAUUUUCAAGUGACAUGUCUGUAGCAAUGAACUGUUCCCUCUGUUUGUCUAUGCUCAUUGGGUGGCAAGAUGUGGACACAGAAGUAUCAGCUAUACAAAGGAACAACUGGUGUCGGUUUAUAGUAGAAGAAUUAGUGAUAUCCUUGGCAGCUCCAUCUUUGGCUUCAAAAUCUUUCAUGAUCCAUCACAAGCCUGCAAUUCUUAUUGCAGUUGAACUGCUGAGAAGAAAGAAAGUUCUCCAAUGGAUGACUUCAAUCUUCGAUGAAUCUUGCAUAUUUGCCAUUACUAGAAACAUUACAAAUUCUAAUUUGAGCGCUGAGUUGGUGUUCCUCUUAAGGAAGUUGCUUAAUUAUGGUUUUCUGAAUGAUGAACAAAUUGCUGCUCUAAAUCAAGUAUUCCAGGAAUGCAGAAAAUGUAUCUACACAGACAAACUUCAAAAUGCUGGGGCAGAGGAGAAGACAUGGAAUGUAGCAGCUGCUUCAGAUUAUGUAGGUAAAGUUUGUCAGUUUCUCAUUAGCCUAGUAACGACUCAGCCAUCUAGUGGUAUGGAGUCUUCAAGAUUUCAAAGUGGGAAAAGGGAAUUGCUGGAAGAAAUAGACUUAUUUUCAAAAUGUUUAAUGAGGGAAGAUUGAGCACGCACCACUAAAGUUAGGUUUUGCGGAGUAUCAUAUACGUUCUUUACGAAGAACAAUUCAGAUAUUUUCCUAUUUUGUCACUCAUAAACUAAAAAGAGCAGUGGCAUCUGCUAGUAUAAUCCUAUAUCUGUCACCAAAAUAAAAUUAAAAAAGUCUUCCAUUUCAUUGGCCACAUACAAAGCACUGCCUUAGUAAUUCUACUUUUUGUGCAUCACCAAGUUCUACAUAAUUUCUUUACUCUUUGUUUUGUUAUUCCAAAAGAGGGACAAAGAAAGUGGGAAAAAAGCAGUUGAGCUCCUCAAAUUGAUUGGUAGAAGAGGUCCUUUCUUCCUUGAGAAACAUUUGGGCUGGGCUGGGCAAUCGUUGUGGCAAAGCAAGCCUGAGAUCCUAGGGGCUAGGCCCUAGCAUUAAGCAAACAAAAUAAUUCCUUGAUACAUGUUGGUUUUUCUUGAAGUGUACAUAGGAAUCGCUAAAUAAUUGAUGGGACAUAUUAGUUUCUUGUUUCUCCCACAGACGUAAUAGUUCCUCUCAUCUCAGCAUUAUAAAACUCCCUAGCAUGAAAAAGAUAGCCCACCAUCCAAUAAUUUAAUACACCUUUUACUAUAUAUACUUGUUGUCCUAAUUUGUACAUAUACAAAGGCUAAAGAAAAUGAUCAAAGAGAUAUGGGAUGGAGGACCCCCACUCACUCGACCUCAAACUUGGGGACCCUUCCAGUACUUAUUGUAUAACGAAUUUAUCAGGGUUUCUCUAAGAUAGGGAUAAAUGCAAUUUUUUCAGCCAUAGAAGUGGAUGGACAUUGUCUUCUACUUAGAAUUAUUUGUUAUAUACAAAUGAACAAUUAUGAGUACAAUGACAAUCUACAUUCAUAAAACAAAAAAGAACAGAACAUAUGAAGUUUCGUCCUUCAUAAAUCAUGCAUGAGAUGAGAGACGUGAUUAAAAGGCAGAGGAUUUGCAAGAGGGAUGUGGUCCCUGUGAGGAGGGAGGUUAUCUUGUUAAAUCAUGAAAAGCAACACCCACGUCCCUGUGUCCCCUUUAGUCCUUUUAUUCUCAUCCCGCCCCUUACUGAACAAAUAGAUUUAGCUUAUCUAUACAGCAGUCAGAACUACUGAUAAAUCAUUACCUUAUAUAUGUAUUAAUUAAUAAGCUCAUGAUUUCAGGGUCUUUUGGGGAUGAAUCAAUUCUUUUGUUCCUUUAUACAUUGUUUUAUCAACUAUAUCACGAUAUUUAAUAAAGAGCGUGAUGCUUUAUCAA